GCGGCGGCCAUGGAGGAGCCGGUCCGGGCGGCUCCGUCCCCGGAGGUAACGGCGGCGAGGAAGCAGCAGGGGGUGAAACGGCAUCACCACAAGCACAACCUGAAGCAUCGCUACGAGCUGCAGGAGACCUUGGGCAAAGGCACCUAUGGCAAAGUGAAGCGGGCCAUCGAGAGGUUCUCCGGCAGAGUGGUUGCAAUAAAAUCCAUUCGUAAGGACAAAAUUAAGGAUGAACAAGAUAUGGUUCACAUCAGACGGGAGAUUGAGAUCAUGUCAUCCCUCAGCCACCCUCAUAUCAUCACCAUAUACGAAGUGUUUGAAAAUAAAGAUAAGAUUGUGAUCAUCAUGGAGUAUGCAAGUAAAGGAGAGUUGUAUGAUUACAUCAGCGAGCGGCGGCGAUUGAGCGAAAGAGAGACAAGACACUUCUUCAGGCAAAUAGUGUCUGCUGUGCAUUACUGCCACAAGAACGGUGUUGUCCACAGGGACCUAAAAUUGGAAAACAUUCUUCUUGAUGACAAUUUUAAUAUUAAGAUUGCUGAUUUUGGACUCUCCAACCUUUAUCAUAAAGACAAGUUUCUGCAGACCUUUUGUGGAAGCCCACUGUAUGCUUCCCCUGAAAUAGUCAAUGGACGGCCUUACAGAGGCCCAGAGGUUGACAGCUGGGCCCUUGGUGUUUUGCUUUAUACUCUGGUUUAUGGAACGAUGCCCUUUGAUGGCUUCGAUCACAAAAACCUCAUCAGGCAGAUCAGCAGUGGAGAAUAUCGGGAGCCAACACAGACCUCAGAUGCUCGUGGUCUCAUCAGAUGGAUGCUGAUGGUGAACCCUGAGCGCCGAGCAACCAUUGAAGACAUUGCCAACCACUGGUGGGUGAACUGGGGCUACAAGAGCAGUGUCUGUGACUGUGAUGCCAUGAGGGACUCCGAGUCCCCGCUGCUGGCAAGGUUCAUCGAUUGGCAUCACCGUUCUACCGGCCUCCAGCCAGAGACUGAUACCAAAAURAAGUGCCUUUCUAAGCCCAAAGGUCCUGAAGUCACACUAGAGAGACAGAGGUCUCUGAAAAAAUCAAAAAAGGAAAAUGACAUUGCACAGUCCAUCCAGGAAGGAGGAGCUGAAAAUGCAACCAAAUCGACCUCCAAGAGACCCAAAGGCAUCCUGAAGAAAAGGAGCAACAGUGAACAUCGCUCCCACAGUGCCGGUUUCAUUGAAGGAGUUGUCAGCCCAGURUUACCCUCUGCUUUUAAGCUGGAGCAGGAGUUGUGUAGGACUGGCGUGGCCAUUAAAAGUGUUGUAGAGGGAGAAGUGGCUGGCAAAUAUGGCACUAAGCAGUCUUCACUAAUGCCAAAAAAAGGAAUCCUAAAGAAGACUCAGCAGAGGGAGUCUGGCUAUUACUCCUCUCCAGAAAGAAGCGAAUCUUCUGAACUCUUGGACAAUAAUGAUGAGACAGUAAACGGUGACACUUCUCCAGGGGUCACAGAGMCAUCCAGAAAUGGCUCCUACAGCCAUUCCUGCAGGCGUAAGGGCAUCUUGAAACACAACAGCAAGUAUUCYAGCAACAGCACUGAGCCUGCUUUGAUCAGCCCUGACACACCAACGCUGGAAGCCAUGGAAGAAAUGGUCUUGCCUGGGGACGCGUUACCUCGCAGUUACAGUCGCCCUUCCAGCRUCAUUAGUGACGACAGUAUUUUGUCCAGUGACUCAUUUGAUUUGCUGGAUUUGCAAGAGAACAGGCCAAACAGGCAGAGAAUACGGAGCUGUGUCUCUGCUGAAAAUUUCCUCCAGAUCCAAGACUUCGAAGGACUCCAGAACCGCCCACGGCCACAGUAUCUAAAGCGUUACCGCAACCGUCUGGGGGACAGCAGCUUUUCCCUUCUCACAGACAUGGAUGACGUGACUCAGGUCUACAAGAAAGCCCUAGAGAUCUGCAACAAGCUCAACUAGCAGAGGGAAGAUGGAAAAGGGAGGGAAGGGAGUUAUUCUGUGUACCUUUAUGGUGGAGUAAGCCAGGUCACUGAUUUGCUGACAAUGGGUUUUGAUUCAGAGGAGCUGACUGUACCUACUCAGCUGAACUCCUAGUGAAGUAGCCCUGAAGCCAUCUCACACUUCUCUAAUUUUGUGUCCUCAAAAUAUUACCUACCUGACAGAGAAAAACCUUUGAUUUUUAUAUCUGUGAUGAAAGUACAUCAGCAGCUAGCAGACAAAAGCAUUGAGAUUUGAUSGCUCAAAGUCAAAGCUAGACAGAAUUAAAACUGGAAGUGAGKGACACACGUUUUGAGAAGUUUGUAAUAAAGUUUAGAUAAGCUUUAUCAAGAGAUGAGCUGAAUUCUUCAAGUCAAAUUUGGUUGCCUCUUAGAACAAGAGGCUUUAUUUCCCCCUGAAGUUGUUCAUCUGGGYACAGAGAUUGCACAGUGGGAAUCUUUGGCUUGUGUUACACAGGAGGCCAGGCUGGGUGGUUGCCCUGGUCCCUUCCACCAGGAUGAUCUGRGGGGUUCUGAACAUGUUCUAAGAUAAUUUGAGAGACUCGCCCCAUAAACACCUCAUGAGGUGUUUGUGGACAAGUGAUGGAGCAGACAUUCAUAGCUGGACCUCCCACAUUGUCCAGAGCCAUUGAGCAGAAAGUUCUAAAAUUGUUUCCAACUACUGCUCCUCCCAGCAAAAAGAAAGCCAGAAAUGUGAACUGGAAGAAAUGGGUGUUAUCAGCAGCUAAAUGACCUUUUAAGGCAUUUCAACCCAUGUGUUCAAUCUGUGACUCUUUCAGAACAUACAGCCAGAUGAAUGCCCAGAUAAAGAUGCAUCUGACAAAGGGUCUCAAGGACUAGCUCACCCUUCAAUCUAGAGUUCAGUCGCUGUCAGCAAAUGGUGCCACCUUGCUGCUAGCUUGUAGCAUUUGGGAGUGACAGUAGUUUGUGACCAGAAUGUUAGGUAAGGAAAAGGUUGUAGAAUGUAGGAAAGGUUAGAGGUCAGGAAGUUAGCAGAAAGAUGCYUUUUUCAGAAUGAAAAUGUUUCUAGGUUGGUGGUAAUGGAGCAGAAAGAAUUGAGUGAUGAAAUGGUAGAUUUAAUAACAGAGUUAGCAUUAGAACUGUGGGCCUGCCUCUAUCUAGUGUAGCUGGUACUGAGYGUGCAGUUUGUGAGAGCAGUUUGAAAAAAAAGGAUAUGUGUUUGUGUUCUCAGACAUAUCCAGCUAUCCAGACCGAAGGCUUCUACUCCCAUAAAGGUACCCAUGGGUCUACUGGAUUAUCUGAAUGUAAGCCURUGUGAAAGGCACUGUGUGUUUGACAGGCCUGGGCAAACUGGAAUCUUCAGGCCCGUUUCAGUCUCAUUUCCAUGAGCACAGAGCCCCUGGCUUUCUUGGAGGUGCACUGGUGUGGUUAAAUCACAGGUUUCAGCCUAUGACAUCAAAUGAUCCACAGCUGCAAAAUUUGUAUCUACACUCAUACCCAGAGCAGAGGGGCAUGGGGCAAGUUCUGGUCUCCUCCUGCCCUGGAACUGGAACUAAAGCAGAGUUUGACCCACUGUGUCCCAAACCCUAGAGAUGGUGCAGAAUCCGAAUGGAGUACCCCUCUGGGGAUUCCUUGGAAUCGGGGAUAAGUCCAUAUAUCAUUGGCAUCUGGGACAGGGAGCUAUUUCACUUGCAGAUUCCUCUUCCUCAGUUAUCAUGGUACUUAAAUCUGCCAAUUCCUCUUAAAAAUCAAGUGGGCUGCCUUGCAUAAAGAUGAACCAACUUGAGUUUUCUAAAUCAGUUUAUCUGCCUCUGCGGAGAGCCUUUACCUAUUACUUAUUUACUUACACUGGACCAAAUUUGUCUCUGAAAUGAAUGGAAUCAAUACCAUGAAAUCUCUGAGAGAUGUGCUCUCAGGCAGUCAAGUGAAUCUGGCUCAUGUCAUGUGCUCAGGAAGGGCAACUGCAGGUCACUUCUCCACAGAUGUGCACCUCUCUGUAAAAUACUCAGACAUCUCAUCUUCUCUCACAAGCCCUGCAUGUGCUCUUUUACUCCAUCCCAAACCCGUUUUGCAGUGUGUUGAAUUAAGGUUUGCUGUGGUGCAUUUUAAACAACUCGCCRUCAUCUCCAUGGCCUUUCUGAAAGGAGGGAGGAUGUUCCUUGCAGCCACAGCUUKGAGCUCAAAACUCACACCCUGUGCUGUGAGAGCUGCAUCCUCCACUGCAGUCUGUCACUUCGGUGGGGUUGAGCUCCUUCCCUGCACCUUGAGUGCAUUUAUAGGGUUUUCAGGAUGAAGGGAACUCAGCUGGCCAUGGCAGGGAAGUCAGGAGCACCCCAGAAGCUCCAAUCUCCAAGGUUUUUACCCAUGUCUGCUUCCUUGUGUACAAAUGUGAAUGAGUGAGUGACUGCUUGCUGCCAAACUGGAAAUGUUUUGUAGGGAUUUACUGGCAUGUUACUGGCAUGUUACAUGUUUACUGGCAUGUUAUCAUUCCUAGAAGAGAAGAAGAAAAAAAAAAAGACUUGACUGCACAUUGUUACUAUUAGUGUUGUGAUUCUUAUUUAAUUUUUUUUGUAAUACAAAAUCAACUUUUUUAUUUGAAUUUUUUUUUUUUAUUUAUUGGUCURAAAGCCAUUUCAAAGUUAUAAUAAUAUAUUUGGUGUAAUUUAAUUGGUGCAACAUUAUUUUACAGCUCUGGCCAAAAUUGUUUGGUGUUAUUUUUUGGGUUUUUUUGUGUUUUUUUUCUCCCAGUCCUUGGUUGGUUUGAGCUCUAUGAGGCACACAGGGAAAAACGCUGGAUAAUCACCCGAAGUGUUUGUAUUUUUAAUCUGAUACUGUUUUUUAUUAAAUAAAAUGAAAUUAAUGUAAC